CAGACAACCCUUGGUACCCUCUUGACCCUCGAUACGCUGAUAUCCUUAAGACCUUUACCCAUCUCGCUACUCACAAUCAUCCCUGUGUAUCUUUCGCUCGACAUCGGCCAGGUGUUAGCUCAGCGAAACAGCAUCGCUCAAGAUCAUGCGAAUUUCGCUUGCCCGACGUGAACCGGAUUCGCAUGAUCUCCAGCGAAAAUGGCUGGGCACGCGCAGGGAGGCUUCGUUCAACUCUGACGCUGUGCAAUUGCCUCGCCGUGCAGACUGUGGCGCGUCUUGCGCUCCCAAGACAUUUCUUCGUCUAUUUCCGUGGCUUCCGUUGCCUCUCCUCACAGUGAUACUGCGCUUUGAAGUCAAACAAUCAGACGAUAUGGCAGGUGUCUCAAUGGCUGCGCCCAGGUAAGCUCGGC